AUUCUCCGCCCAUGUCGCUCAAGGACAAGGACAAAGCCUCGCCCAGGCAGAAAUACGAAGACCGUCUGCGGCAGGUCCGUCACCGCGCCCCGAGCCGACCACACAGAGAAAGGCGCUGCUCUGGAUGCGACGAACGCAUGGAUGGAUGGAAUGGAUGGCUGGGCUGUUGUGUUUGUGUCGGUUCACAGGUCGGUGCGGACAUCGAUGCCGCCAUGGCGGCCCGCGAGGAACACCACGAGCGGCACAUCAGCGAGAUCCAAUACGCCAAGGAGCUGGAGAUCACGGCCAUCCGGCAGCAGUGCAGCGAGGAGCUCCAGCACGCCCGGCAGACCUUCGAGGCCCACCUCUCAACCCUGCAGCAGGAGAGGGACCAGUCCACCCAACACAAGGAGCGGCUGGCGGCCGAGCUCACGGAGCAGAGCGACCUGGUGCAGUCCCUCUCACGCCAGCUGGAAAGCCUUAAGCAUGAGAAGGCCGGGGCGGAGAAGCGCUGCCGUGAGACCGAGCGGCAGCAGGACCAGCUCGAGGUAGUCAACCAGCGGCUGCAGCAGCAGCUGGACCUCGUGACGCAGUCGUCGGACUCUUUGUGUCGUGGGUCGGCCCUCAACCCCACGACCAUCGCAGUGUAUGAGGAGGCCCUCAGCGGCCUGCAGCAGCAGCUCAGGCGCGCCGGCAAGGCCGCCGACUCCACCGAGAUGAUACACGAGGUCAUGCAGCGACUCGGCAGCAACCACCCCACCAGCAACAGUGACAGCGAUGUCAAGAUGGACGACGCAAACGAGACCAAGGAGCGGUCCGAUGCCGCCAUCCAGACUUCUGCCGACGCGUCUGACGACUCCCACCCCCCCUCCCCCUCCCCUUCCCCCAGCCAGGAGCAGCUGAACCGUUGCCUCCACGCCGUCCAAUCGUAUGACCCCGAGACCCUCCAGACCCUCCUGUCUGCCGCCCCCUCCUCCGUCGCCACCCACCCCGCCCUCCUCUCAGCCGUCUUCUCCCUCCCACCGCCCGAGGCCGAGCCCCUCUCACUCAUUCUUUUGUCGUUCUACGACAUGAAGCGUCUGGGGGACGUGCUGCUCAAGGCGGCCGGGGAGGGGCAGGACCGGGUGGUCCAGUGGACCAUCCGGGCCUGCCUGCGCAAGUUCCUGGCGUCGGUGGAUGGGCGGGGGAGGAGCGCACUGGCGCUGGCGUGUGAUGGUGGGAACGGGAAGCUGGCGGAGAUGCUGGUGCGGUAUGACGCGCCGGUGGACACGAGGGAUGAGAAGAUGCAGACGCCUCUACACGCCGUCAGUCGCAGGUACGUCGAGGGAGGGACGCCAGGAGGGAUGGAUGGGUCUAUCUGGUGUCUUCUGCGUCGUGUCUCAUGUGGGUAUGUAUGUCAUGUGGGCGAUGUGCGCAGGGGUGAUUUCAAGUUGGUUGAGUUUCUGUUGAUGUCUGGUGCCGACCCCGCCCUGGUGGACUCGUCGGGCCACACCGCCCGUGCGCUGGCCGCAGACGGCGGAUACUCGCAGGUCAUCGAGCACCUCGACAGCCAACACGUCAUCAGCAUAUCCCUACGGGUAGUUACAUACCAGCACGAGAGAAGAGAGAAUAGGAUAUACACACACAGCCAGCCUUCCAUGAGCACCUUUCUGCACUGUUUGUGUGUUGAAUGAAUGAACGUGUGGCGGUGGCGUGGGGUGUGCCAUGUCAUGUGUGCAGGGCAAUGACCACUACAAGCGCGGCGAGUAUCGCGCGGCGUUGGAACGGUAUAGCGAGGCCAUCGGCAUCUGCAAGCGGAUGCCCCCACACUCACACGCAGACAACCUCACCAAACUACACUACAACAAGGUAAGUAACUAAGGACGCACUAACACCCACACACGCGUACGCACACCGAAAGCCGCGAGGUCCAUGUCAUGUUGAUUGCAUUGCCCCCCUUUGGUUGGUAGGCCCGUGCGUUGUAUCGGCUGGGCGAGUGGACGGCGGCGUUGCGUGAGUGCUCAGAGUGCCUCCGGCUGGACGACCGAUACGAAAACGCGUACUCGCAACGGGCUCAGGUACACAGACCGAGGGACACGGAUGGACACGAGACAGACGACGGUUGUGUGUAUGUGUGGAUGGAAUGUGCGGGGGGUCGUUGUGUGUGUGUUUGUUUGUCAGUGUCACAUGGCAUUGUUGAAGUUCCAGGAGGCGGCCAACGACUACCAGAAACUCAUGGAGCUUGUACCGGGCGAACUCGAGUGGGUCGCAAGGUCAGUAGGCCGCUGGGCAUCUUCCCUCCCUCCCUCCCUCCCUCCCUCAGCACGUGUCUGUGCGUUGUGUCCAUGGAUCCUUCCACCUAUCAGGCACCAGGAUGCCCUCCGCAUGGCCCAGAUGGACCACUACGCCAUGUUAGAGCUGCCGUCGCACACGGCUACCGGUGACGAUAUCAAGAAGGUGCGGAGAAAGAAGACGCCAACCCAUCAGCAGCAGCAACGGUGGGCUGACUGACGUCGAUUGCUUUGUUUGUUCGUUCAGGCCUACCGUCGUUUGGCGAUGCGGUGGCAUCCGGACAAGAACCGCCAUCGGUCGGCCGACGAGCAGCUCCGGGCCAACGCACACUUCACACGGUCCGCCACUAUUCGAGAAAUGCAGCCAGCACACACGUACCCUCGACAUGCAUGCAUACAUCUGCUCUCCUCACUCAUCGAUCAGGGUGCAAGAGGCCUACAAUGUGCUAUCGGACGAGGCCCAGCGGUCAUCCUACGACCUCACCCUCUCCCUGCAGAAGGCCAGCCGCUUCUCACCUCACUCCCACACCCACACCCACACCAGCCACAGCCACAGCCAUUCCUCCUACGCCCACCGGCCCCCCUCAUUCCACCCCACUCACCACCCGGCAUACUUCAACAACAACAGCCAACGAUACAGAGACAGAGACCGCGCCUCCCAGUCCCCCCGCCGAGGACACCCAUUCGACCCGGCGGCCGCCAACGCAGGCUGGUACUCGAGUGCAUUUGGUGGGCCCACCAGCUCAUGGAUGGGGGGCUACCCCCACCCUACCACCGGCACACGGUCUGGCGGACCAUCGCACGGCUUCAAGGUCUUCACGCCCUUCCCGCGGUCCGGCAACACGCCCCCACCUACUCGGGCCGGGGGGACGAGCUACGCCGACAUGGAGUGGACGGGGCAAGAGGAUGAGGUGCCACAGGCCUCACAUGCUCACCCACAUGCACAUGCAGCGACGGCACAAGCCAAUCCCUGGACGGACAGCCAGCAACAGCAGCAGCAGCAGCAGCCGUCCAAGCAUGAUGAAUACGGCCACGGGGCGGCAGACAACGCCAACCCCUCACGCAAACGGGAGGCUGCAGCUGCUGUGGUGGGUGUGGCGAGUGGGUCGAGUGGUGCGAGCAGCGAGACCCACAGCCAGCACUCUUCCUCUCAGCAGCAGAACGCCAAGAAAUUCCCCAUCCCCCCGCCCCAGCCCCCUCCCGGCAGCCCCAUGGAAGUGGACGGCGGUCCCACCGACAUCCCAUCGGAGGGCCAUGCGGAGCAGCACCAUGACCGAGACGCAGUCGAGAAGCGCACACCCAGCAAGGGCCGCAUGCCCGGCGAGGACGCCACGCCCAAGCGUCAAACAACGGGGCCCCGCAUGUCCUUCGUCUCAUCCCAGGGAGCUGCCAAGGGUGGCCGCAACAACAACCCCCUCCCUUCGCCAGAGAGCGGGCACAAGUCCCGCCGUCGGUACAGUGCCGUUUGGCCCAAGGACCCCUUCCCCUCCUUCUCACCCAAGCCACAGCUGGUCAAGAAUCCACAUACGGCAUCCGAGAGGGCGAUCGGCAUCGACCACAUCCAGCAGGCCAACCAAUCGCGGCCCAGCACAGCCACCAACGGGACGUCAGCACGCGAGCCACCCCUCACUGCCCGCUACCCCAACGAAGGCGGCCGCAAGACGGCUGCAGGGGCCGUCAACCCCCGCCCGGUGCCGACAAAGAGCCAGAACUACUUCGCUGCCGCCCCAGUCGGGGCGUCGGCAGAAGACGAGGGACCGCAGCUGACGUCAGAGCGGCUGACUGGGCGGAAGGGGGCAGCAAACCCCGGAAGCGGCAUGGGAUUACCCGCACAGCAGGGCGCCUCCCGUCCCGCUGCAGGAGUUUCCAACCGAUCUAGCUACGGCAGCAAGGAUAUCCACAUCAGCAGCGACAGCUCGCCAGGCCGCGUCCGUGCCGAGGAUGUGUAUCGCACCAACGGGGGAGGGCUGGCGUCAUCAGUGGGAUCGGUGAGGUCGAUGGAGCAGCUGAUGGCUAGGAUGAGGGGUGGCGCCAAGAUGGACCCACGGAUCGUCACUGUGGAGUUGGGCGGGACUGGUGGGGGCGGGCACAAGGGAGGCGGUGGCCGAAAGGCAAACUCGGCCAGUGCUGCUGGGGGCAACGGACAGAUCAAGGUCCGCGGAGGAGGCAAUCCGACAGAGACGCCGCAGCGGGUGCGGUACAGUACACGACGCACACACACAAUCCUUGUCAGCUGACACGGAAAGAACGACAUGUAAGCCACCCACCCAUGUCUCUCUCGUUGCUGUCUCUCAGGGCGUGCGAAAGCUCCGCAAGAGCGAUGCUGAGCAGGCCAUUGGUUUCGGCGCCAGCCCCGCGAGUGAGCAGGACAUGGACAGCCCAGUAGAGAUGAAUACAGACAACGACCCCCCGCUACCGCCCACAUCAUUCCCCACAUCCUACCCGCCGCCCCUGGACCCAUCACAGCAGCCGCACAACACCACCGACUCACCCGCGCCCUCACCCAUGAUGCGCCACGCACACGGCUUCGACACCGUCAGCCCGGUCCGCAAGGCCACGGCCGCCGAGCAUGACGGCAAUCUCGACUUCCUCUCGCGAUUCGUGCCGUAUGUCGAUUCGGCUGCGGCCCGCGAGGCCUUCCAGGAGGGCAUACCGUCGAGCGAGGCGCAUGCAGAGGACCCAUUCAUGAUGAGUGGGGGCAAUGACAAUGCAGCGGCGGCAGCAGCGGCAGCAGCAGCACGAGGGCAGGAGUCCCUGUUUGGCGAGCCGGAAGGCCAUAGCUGGGAAGGGCUGGGGCAGAAGGCCGCUGCGGCAGCCAGCGGACGAGCACCACACGCCAACCACCCAGCAGCCCGCCGACGCCACUCCGUGGGGCACGAGUCCACCCCUGCCAACAGCAAUCCUCAUCCCUUUGAGCAGCUGCGUGCCGAGGUGCCACCGGCCCCCAUGUUUGACGAGCCGUCGCACCAGCGCCCCUUCUCCCGUGAUGGAGACGACUACUCGACGGGCGAGCAUGAGAACGGGCACUACUCCGAGCCCGAGCUCUCCCCCCAGCCGCCGCCGAGAUACCCCAUGGAUGAGGAGGUGCAGGUAGACGGAUUCGAGGACGAGAUGGACAUGGGCCAAGAGCCAGAGGUAGACCACGCGUCGCAUCAUCCGUUGCAUGCGUCAUGGGGAGGAGGCUUCGCCGGUGGUGGGGCGGGGUCUGAGUCGGUGGGGUAUGGCGGUGGUGCGCCUGUUGGCAAGGGCAAAAGGGGAGGGUCGCCAAACUGAUCACAGACAGACAGAGGAGAGAGAGGGUGUGACAGACUGUAGCGAGCGCCUUGACUGAGGGGAGAGAGAGAGACUGUGUAGCAUCGCUGAUUGUUGGUGACUGACUGACUGGUGGCGAUGGGAUGGAUGGCCGUGUGGUAGUGAGUGGAGGGAGGUGGAUCGAAUCAAUCGAUAGAAUGCAUUCAUUGAAUUGACGCUCGCUGACUGACUGAUGUCGGUCGGUCGGUCGGUUCGUUUAAGA